AUGGUGACGAUCUGUACCUACAAUGCACGUACACUUGCAUCCGAGUCCUCGAUAGACGACUUGCUCAUGCAGGCAAGAGAGAUAAGGUACGACGUCAUCGGCCUGGCCAAAAUGAGACGACGCCACCCAUUCAACGCCGUCUAUGACAUCGGAGAAGAACCGUUCCUCGGAACAUGCGACAGUAGAGUCGGCGGCGUCGGCGUUCUCGUCAACACGAGUUUGACCAUGAACAUCGAUUCAUUCGAACAACUAACAACCCGAAUCGGACGUUUACGAUUUAAAGGAUAUGGAUCAAUACUGGCUUUGACAAUCUUCGUCGUUUACGCGUCGACAUCAAACUAUGACGAAGAAGAAGUUGAAGUGUUCUACGCGGACUUCCUACAGAGAAGUCCUACAGAGAAGGCCAUACAUUCUUCAAGGUCAGUGGGGAUUUUAAUGCUAAAAUUGAGUGGUGAAGAACCUCUGAAGGGCAUUACAUUUGGAAUUAGAGUGGCGCAGAACAGAAUGAGCCCUAUCUGA